CUUUCUCACCCGAGUAUAUCCUUGUAAGUUGAAGUUGUCCGAACCCGUUGGUAAACCUAGAGUAUCCUAGUACCUCUUAUCUUUGCGAGCCUAUUCACGACAUCCUUUCAUGCUUUCCGUUGAUUGGUAGAUUACUUGCUCCUUAAUCCUUACAUAGAGGCUCAUCCAGGGUCAUAACCGGCCUGUUUUCUGUCGUGUUACGAGACGAGGAGCGCUUCUCCGCCGGCUCCGGGCGAUAGAGCGGCUGCCAAGCGGCGCCGGCUCAGGAGCAUGGCAAAAGCAGGCAUCGGUCCUCCUGCGGGCUUUGCCGAAAUCAAGGAGAAAAGUGAAGCAAACUCAUUACCGGAAGGUCCCCUUAUUGCCGGUCGCGUUGGCGGAUUGAAGUCUGCUAUUAUACAUAUUGUGCCGGGCGAGGAUCAUACUGUGCACUCUAGUGAAGGCGGGAAUGACCAUUUUACGUAUGGUCUGGCCUGUACGCAAGGACACCGCACGGGCAUGGAGGAUGCUCACGCGGUAGAGCUGGACCUCGACCCCGCUACCGGCACCGCCCUCUUCAGCGUGUUCGAUGGCCAUGGGGGUCGCCAGGUGGCUGACUUGUGCGCCGCAAACGUGGUUGACGCUGUCCGCUCCUCCCCCGCCUACCGCUCCGGCGACCUAGCGGAGGGGCUGCGGGAGGCGUUCUUCGACCUGGAUGCGCGGGCGCUGGCGUGUGCGGAGGCGCACCUGGCGGGCGCCACCGCUACCGUUGCGCUGGUCCGCGGCGAGCAGCUGGCGGUGGCGGGGGUGGGCGACUCGCGCUGCGUGCUCAGUCACGCGGGAACCGCACAGGUGCUCACCAACGACCACAAGCCGGAUGACCCCAAGGAGCGGGCCAGGAUACAAAACGCUGGCGGGUUCGUGGUGUGGGGCCGCGUGAACGCCAACCUGAACAUCAGUCGGGCGCUGGGGGACGCGUCCUUCAAGCAGGACAAGUCGCUCUCCGCGGCGCUGCAGCAGGUGUCCCCCGACCCGGAUGUGCGCUGCGUCACCCUCACCCGCCACGACACCUUCAUGGUGCUCGCGUGCGACGGACUGUGGAACGCGCUGCCGGAGCAGCAGGUUGUUGCCUACGUGCAGCGGCGGCUGAACCUGCGCCACACGCUGGGUGCGGUGGCGGAGGGGCUGGUGGCUGAGGCCAUGCAGCCGCAGCGGUGCGCGCAUGACAACGUGACGGUGGUGGUGGUGCAGUUCAACGACGCGGUCAAGGCUAGUAGGAUGACGGUCAGUGGCGGCAGCUCUGAGGCUCUCGCCGGCAGCAGCAGCAACUGCAACGCGGCUGGUGCACCCGCGACCGCUGCUGCCGCUGCCCCCGCCGGGGCUGCUGGCAAUGGCAGCAGUGCUGCCGGUGCUGUUGACGGCAGCCCGGACAACGCGAACAACAGCUCGACUGCCGUCCCGGCUGAUGCGUCGGUUGGAGGAGGAAGCGGAGGCGGCAGCAGUAGCGGCGGCAUUAGCAGCGGCGCCAGCGGGGCAUCCGCCGGCGGCGGCGGCAGCAGCAAUGGCGGCGGGACGGAGGAUGUGGCGACGCCGGCGGUGGCGCCCACUGCUUCAGCUGAGGCUGCUCCCGCUUGAGGGGCUUGUAUAGAGGAGCUUGUAAAGGAGAGUGGAGGAAGGGAAGAGGCGAUUGUAGGCGCUUUGAAAGAUCACUUUCAGAAGUCUACAUGGGCCUCCCCUGCCUGAGGAGAACGCCAUGUCCAGACGAGGCUUGGGAGGAGGGCGGAAAAGAGGACUCCGAAAAAGGACUUCCUUCCUACAGGAGCUGUGAAUCUGUCCCUCACGGUGCAUCCUUUGGCGAGAGUGGUAUGUGCGGGAGGGAUUUGCAGCAAGGCGAGCCGGUGCUGGUUGGUUUGGCUGCUGGCUGGAGGGCACCUAGCUAGUGGAUGGAAAGCGUCCGUCAACCCCCCGCCCACGGCAGGAGACUGCGGUUGGCGGGGUGCUGGUGGUGGUAGGAGCGGAAGUAGGCAUGCUCGCAGCCCUUGGUCCGAUUGAGAAAACAGCGGCCGCGUGUGGGAAGAAGUCAUUUGGGGGAGGGAUGCGGAAGUACCGAUAUCAGGCUCGUUGGCUGGCGUUACAUACCGUAAUGACGUGGCGUUUUUUGGAGUCUCAGGCUCCAAAGGCGGGUGGGGCUUACGUUACCCAUGACGAGAGCGGAUGCCAUGCGGAGCGGAUGCGCGGAUGUGACGGGAGGCUCGGAGGCCCCUGGAGGGCUGGCUUGGGUGCAGAGGGUUAGGGUUUGAGAACUGAAACCUCAUCAAGGUGGGUUGGGGGCUUUUUGCUGUUAUGGAGGCGCACAUCGGUUCACCCGAAUCUGAGAGGCAUACCGUAACGUGAGGGGGAUGCAGUGGUUGCGCAGCGUUGGGUGGUGUGGCGGUGGUGGCGGUAACGGCGCAACAGGCGGGGGAGCGUGGUGGGGCAUUGGUCCAUUGUGAAAACGGUGGCACUUCACGCGUCGACCCACCCACAACGAACGUGGGGCUGGGGGAGUUUCGGGCGGGUCUGUUUGUGGGAUUAGGUUAACUGAGCCGCGUAAACACUGACCCUGACCGUAGUUUGUGGGAGUUGUGUGUGUGGGGGGUUACUUGGCGGUGGUGGUAGGGGGGUUGAACUUGGGGGUCCCUUUUUGGCUCGAGGCCGUUGGAGGAUGCGCGGGGGGGUGGUAUGGGUCAUAAGCAUGCACUGGGGUUGCUGCAUGUGUGUGGGUUGCUGCUGUUAUUGCUGCAACUCGUCGGAAAGGUUCGUCCAGGAUUCUGUUUGUGGUGGUGGCGGUGGUGGUGUGCGUUCUUAAUUAUGCUAAUUGCUCGGUUGGUGGAUGGGUUGGGUGUUUCUGCGCAUGCGCUUAUUGUUGGUGUUGGUGUUGUUGUGCUGCCAGCGGUGGUCGCGGUGGCAAUAAUAAAUACUACGGUGAUGAAGGGGGGUGGUGGGGGGCGCGGCUUUUACUGGUUGCGAGUUUCUGGUUCAUGGUUGGUAGCUCGCAAUAUGGUUCUCGAACCUAUAAAAGGGUCAGCGAACGAAGCAUAAUCCUGUGGUGGGGGUUGGUGACGGCGUUCGCAUUUUCGGCGACUGCGGCACUAACGGAACUGUUGUUGUCGGGUGGGGGCUUGUUGUGCAGCAAACGUUGGCGGUUAGUGGAUUGCUCGGCGCUGGUAUAUAGCUGGUGGGCGUGAUGGGGAGGGCAGGAGGCGGAAGAGAGCGGUGGUGAGCGUGGCGGAUCAUGGAUUUGUUGUAUGCUUGUAUUCCUUACCUCACGACGUACGAAGAAAUUUCCUCCGUUAACCCUAAAAUCCACACAUACCGGUACACAUACCGGUACACGGUACACAUGCACACGCAGCCCAACUGCGUGUGGCGAGAAGCGCUCCCCUGCCC